AACAAGAAGUUCCAGUGCAGGAAGUUGAACUGGAGCCUGCAGAGGUGCCCGCAGAACCAGAAAUACAAGUGGAUCCCGUUGAAGCAGAAACCCCCUGUACAGCAAGUCGAAGAGGCAGCACAAGUAAACCCCGAGCCCAUUGAAACCAAGCCAGCCAAACCUAUAUUUGAGACAGGGAAGAAUGUGGCCGAUGAGCCGGUUGCUGUCCAGGAGGUAGCUUUGGAGUCCCAAGUGCCAGUUCUUUCGCCUGAGACUCAGGUUGAAGAACAAGCUGUUGAAGAAGUGCCCGUGAUAAAGGAGGUGCCAGUUAAAGUUCCACAGCCCCCUCUUGUGGAAGAAAAACCUGUCGUCAAGGAGGUUCCAGUCACUAUAGAUGGUGUUGUUGAAGAGGUACCUGUUGUACAAGAAGUUCCCGUUGAGGUACCCCAAGAUCCUAUCGUGGAGGAGGUCCCUGUCGUGGAAGAGGUGGAGAAGGUUGUUGAUGUUCCAACCGUCGAGUCUGUAGAGCAGGUCCCCGUUGAGCAAUCUGUUCCCCAGGUCCCAGAGGCUCCUGAACCACCAAAACGUAUAGAAGUACCAGUGCCAGAAACUGAGGCUCCAGUGGCAGUCGUCUCGGAGGUCCCCGCUCUUCCAGAAGAGACCACGGCCGAGGAGGUCCCAGUAGCUGUGGUCUCAGAGGUCCCUGCUCUUCCAGAAGAGACCACGCCCGAAGAGGUCCCAGUAGCUGUCGUCUCUGAGGUCCCCGCUCUUCCAGAAGAGACCACGCCUGAGGAGGUCCCAGUAGCUGUGGUCUCUGAGGUCCCAGCUCUUCCAGAAGAGACCACGCCCGAGGAGGUCCCAGUAGCAGUCGUCUCUGAGGUCCCCGCUCUUCCAGAAGAGACCACGACCGAGGAGGUCCCAGUAGCUGUGGUCUCUGAGGUCCCCGCUCUUCCAGAAGAGACCACGCCCGAGGAGGUCCCAGUAGCAGUCGUCUCUGAGGUCCCCGCUCUUCCAGAAGAGACCACGCUUGAGGAGGUCCCAGUAGCUGUGGUCUCUGAGGUCCCCGCUCUUCCAGAAGAGACCACGCCCGAGGAGGUCCCAGUAGCAGUCGUCUCUGAGGUCCCCGCUCUUCCAGAAGAGACCACGCUUGAGGAGGUCCCAGUAGCCGUAGUGUCCGAGGUCCCCGCUCUUCCAGAAGAGACCACAUCUAAAGAGGCACCAAUAGCAGUCGUCUCUGAGGUCCCCGCUCUUCCAGAGGAGACCACGCCCGAGGAGGUCCCAGUAUCUGAGCCGGAACCAGUCGAAGUUGGAGCCCCUUGCUCGUGCAUGGCCAAGGGAGACCCCCACUACACAACGUUUGACGGCGCACACUUGUCCCUGUCCGAGGACUGCAAAUAUGUCAUGGCCGAGGUCAAGGACGCGCCGGGAUGUAACGUGAGAGUUGAGGUGAAGAACGAGAGGAGGCCGAGGUCAAAGUUCCCUGGGCGUGCCUUCACGAGACUGAUUGAUGUGAAACUGGGGGAAGACAGGAUUAGGCUGGGGAACGGGAAGCGUAUUCUGGUAAACGGAGCACGUGCUGAUGUUGGGCUGAGCCGCGAUGGGUUCAACAUCACUAAAGACGGUUUCUACAACGUUGUCACUACGUCUUGCAAUAUCGUCGUGAAGUUUGAUGGCGACUACAUAGCCAGGGUCAUAGUUCCCGCCACUUUGAAAACAAAACUCAGUGGUCUCUGUGGCAACUGUGACGGCAGCGAAUCCGACGACCUCACCGUCAACGGUCGAAACAUCGACAGCUACAGCAACAGGAAGGAAGGACUCCUCGCUCUCGUCAGUCAGUUCAUCGUCAGAGACGACUCGGACAAACCCAGCACAAACCCUGUAUGCCAGCCAGGAGAAGCUUGAGAUGUUACCCUGUUCUACCAUCACCAAAUAUCCCACAUUCACAGAUACAAUAUACUAGAUACAAUAAUAUACCAGAUACAAGUUAGUUGCCUCAAUAAAUCAUUUAUGUUGCACGAA